CCGGAGCCUCGUCGACGGACGCAGGCAGCAGCCACGGCGUCCUACGUCUGCCCAGGAUGCUCAGGCUCGCGGAAUCGCACGCCAACUACUCGGCGCCCUCGGUGUCGAACAGCACCGAAUCGACGGCCCAGUUCUUCACCGCCGACAGCCGCCGGAACCAGCGCCCCUCUCGUCAGACAGAGUCCUCCAACACGUUGUGGGAAACCGGUGCGGGCUCCAAGAGUUCCGGUCAAAGCUCGCCACCGUCCUGGCACUCGGAAGGCAGCCACUCAUUCAAGACUUCCGAGGAGUCCCCCGAUCCGGCGACCGCAACGCGAAAGCGGGCCCCCGGUCCCGCACAGGACCUGCGUGAGCUGUGCUCGCCGCUGGGCUUCGGAGUGAGCAUGCUUAAGCUAGACUAUCCGCUACCCCUGCUCCAGCCCCGCUCGCUUCUCGAAGCCAUGACAGACCUGUUCGCCUGCCCGGAGCUCUUCGUCAGGAUUCCCGCUUCGACCAGGGCAUCGGAGCGGAUGCUGCAGGUCCUGCGCUGGUACAUGGCGGGCAUCUACUGCAUCAAGAAGGACGACGGCGUCACCAAACCUUUCUACCCCAUUCUGGGAGAGAUCUUCUGCUGCUCCUGGACUAUGCGCCGAUCCGAUGGCCCCACUGACCUCGUUUUCUUCGCAGAACAGGUCUCGGUGAGCUCCCCCGUGACCUGCGUGUACGCGGAGUACCGGCCCAGUGGCAUCUCGCUGAUGGUGCAGCUACGUCCCGAAGCCUUCUCUGUGGGUUCCUACCUCCAGUUGCGUGCGCGAGGCAAAGCCAGCCUCUACUUGGUCGAAUACGCCGAGGAAUACGACGUCGAGCUCCCUGCCGGCUGUGUUCGCGACGUUAACGGCAAGCCCUGGUUCGAGCUCUGCGGCACGGUCACGCUGUCCUGUCGGACUACGGGCUUUCGAGCUGUCAUCAAGUUUCUGGCUAAGCCCUAUCAGCCCGAAGGACAUCGUCACUGUGUCCAAAUCGAGGUCUUCAAUCCCGUGGCCCCGAGGCCCUUCCUGCGCAUCGAGGGCGUCUGGACGGAGUGCUUGAUCGCCACUUGGGCGUCCGGGGAAAGGGACAUGUUUCUAGACUGCCGGCUCUUGAACGAGGAGCGCAGGGCUCCGAAACCGACAUCCGACAGUUCCAUGGACUCCAGGAGGAUCUGGAAGGAUGUCAAGCGUGCAUUGAAUAAAUUAAAUUACGACGAGGCCCACCGAGGGAUGAACCUAUUGGCCACGACUACGCUCGACAGAUAUUACGAGCCCCUGAUGUUCAAGAGGACUGGCAAUGGCUAUGCAUUCAAGCAUGACAUCAGGGACGAAAGAUCUGACCCCACAUCUGUAGGCCAUUAAAAUGAGCCUUCCAAUUCUAUUGUCUCAACAAGGCAGUUCCCUGCUGGGUGCUGUGUGAAGAUAACUAUUGAUAGCUCUACAAUAACCUCCAACAAGCAUUGAAAUAUUAAAACACCAUUUAAACAUGUCCAUUACCGCCAACACGAAGAAUAAAACGUGGAGGGUACGGCAUGUCCAUUGGCUGCACCU